AUGAACUCCUGUGGUCUAGUGUCGCCAAUAUCAGGGUUUUUCAGCACCAUCUCUCUUGUUAGUUGGAUGUGUGCUCAACUACCACAGAUUUACACCAACUACAACGCAAAGUCUGCCGAAGGAAUCUCGCCGCUGUUUUUGCUCCUCUGGCUUUGCGGUGAUUUCCUUAGUUUUACCAGCUGUCUUCUCAAUGACGUGGUGCUUAAAUUUCAGGUGUAUCUCAGUUUGUUCUUUCUUCUCAAUGACGUGACACUCUGCUACCAGUACUAUUACUACAACAGCUCAUAUCCACGAAAACAUCUCCAGCAUCUUCAGCAGCAAGCUGUACUUGAACAGAGUGUGUUCUCAGGUGAAUCUGAAACACACAAAACUGACAGCAUUCAUAUUCGUCACAAAAGAGCACUGCUGCUGGAAAGCUCCAGCUUGACACCUCCAGAUGGACCUAGAGCUAGCAAUUUUGGAUCUGUGGCAAUUGUGGGAGCAGCUAUGCAAGCAGGCGUUGCACAAGCACAGCCGAUUUUGAAACCUGAUGGCAAUGCGGUUACUGCUGGUGCCAAAGGUGCAUCUGGUGUGGUUUCACUCCUUUCAAUUGCCAAUCACGCAUCAGUCGAUUCGGUCGCAAAUAUCGGUUUGGUUCUAGCUUGGGGAUGCACCUUCGUAUACAUGUCAUCACGCUGUCCACAACUCUACAAGAAUUAUAAGCGAAAAUCUGUUGAAGGAGUCUCGCCAUUGUUGUUUGGUUCAGCUUUGAUGGGCAACCUCACGUACACGAUGUCCAUUUUGACCAGCUGCGAUUUUCUCUACGACUCCAACAAAACAGAAUUUUUCUGGCGCCAACUUCCCUACAUUUUGGGCAGUGCAGGCACCAUAGUGUUUGAUAUGGCGUAUUUCUAUCAGAGAUAUUUGUACCGCAAUGCUGGAGCCAAUAAUACAGUGAUGGGUCUAGAACCAUGGACUUCAGCAUGA